CGCAGCAUAGCACAUUGCAUUGCUGAGACACCAAACCAUCGCACCACAGUAAGGUCUAGCCUCAUUACGCUGGCAGCAAUAUCCAGAUCACAACAUGCAGCAGCAAUGUUCUCAAAUUGCAACCGUCCGUCAGUCGAGAACAUACCGAAGCACCAGUAAACUGAGACGAGAGGCAAUCCCUUCCAACCAAGCGCGGAAAGCGUGUUUGAGCGCCUGAAGUGCUAAUCUUGCUUGGCCCUAGCUUAACCAGGUGACACUUCGCUAAUUGAACUAUAGUUGUGUUUCAUUUAGCGCAGCUGGAGAUCGCUAAUCAUUCCCAUCAACGCGUGUUUCAUGGCUGUGCACAAUAAGAAAGGGGAAACUUGGUAGCUCUCUGCUAACGAUUACUGAGCACCAUCUUCCCCCUCUUCUUCAGUAUUCUCAGUUAGCAUCACGAGGAGAAUCACGACUGACCUUGUAUGAUGUAUCGAUUAUUACUCUCUAUUUAAAGUGUCCGGCCAACGUGACUCAACCUUUCUGCGCCCGCUUGCGCAGGUUUUCGUUGUCUGCCAACAAUGGUGGUGAUAUUCUAAGUAUCCUUUCACCCAAUGAAGAGACCAAGCUUGUUUCUGAAUUCGAACUUUGGAAGUGCUCUAGCGCUCAUUUGCUUACAGCUUCGCUUAGCGGUAGGAGCUUAUCUUCCUGGUGCCAAAUAUGCACCCGACUUUUACUACGAAUUUUCUGAACAUUGUCAAAGGCCGAAAGGUCCACAAGGCGUCAAAUACUACCCAGCUUAUUCCUACCUACCUAGCACUAUUGAUCCCAAUUAUAGAGUAUUGAGUGUGGCCACGGAAUCUACGUAUAAUGUAAAUCCGGAAGCUGACAUGAAUUCCGAAACACUGGAAGUUUACGUAGUGAAGGGUCGGGCAACCGUGAUCAAUAUAACGGCACCAAAUCUUCGCUCCUUCUCAGUGAUUGACACAAACAAUCUCGCCUGGGGUCGUUUGGUAUGGAACUUUCCGAAACUUCGAGUCCUAAAUCUGAUAACAGUUAGAGGCCGAGAGGCUCUUUCUGUCUCUUCUAUGGGCAGCAAAGAACUUGAAAUCUUACGCGUUGCCAGACUCGAAUACACGGACGUGGUACUCACAGAUAUUGACAAUUUUAAAAACCUGCGCAUUCUGGAGCUAAGCCAAAUUGGAUUUUCAACCAUAAAGGGAGCUUGUGAGCUGAUUGGAACACUCACAAAGUUGGAGCACUUGUUCAUCAGUCAGGUGAAUGAGGUUUGUCUGACAGCAGCUUUGAAAAAACUGGCUGACUACGGAACCCUGAGGACUGCACACAUAUUUGAGACCAGAACAAUGCUCUCCGCCUCCGAUCUAUGUACCCUGUUCCCGCCGCGAAUUGAGAUUCUUCGGAUGACUCUAAGCUUCCAGCUUGAGGACACCAGGAUUUUCAACUGUUACCAUCAUAUCAAACUAAUUGAGCUACAGAUAGACUCCAAUACAACGAAAGUGUUCUCCACCCAAUUCACCAGUCUCAGUUUGUAUGGGACCACAAAAUCACCGAAUUGUUCACUGGAUCGUUUCGUAGACGUGGACAGUGUACGUGUCAUGAAAUUGCGACAAAUGUUCAGUGAUUGCCAUCAGACGCCUCACUUACCAAAUGUGGAAAUACUGCAAUUCACUUACAAUGGGUUUCACUUUAGCCCAGGAGUGCCAGCUUUUCCGGGCAUUCCCAAGGUUCGGAUACUUGAUUUGUCAGGUAAUCCGAUCGGAUUUAUACCACCAAAGGCAUUUGACAGUGUGCCGCUUUUGGGCAUAUUGGUGCUACAAAGUACCAAUAUCAGCGGGUUCGGGGAUUCCGUUUUCUGCAACUUACAAUGGCCGAGAGUGAUCAACUUUCAUCUAUCGCUACCCACCACGGCGCAGUUUCGGAAAGAAGUCACACCGGGAGUUAACAAUUCUUUCCGUUGUUUUAUGGAGAAUAAACAGUCCGCCAGCAUCGUUGCCAGUAAAAUGUCGUGUACCUGUCCCGAAGCACAAAAUAUGUAUUUACCGGAGUCCGUGGGUGUCAAGUACUUGGCGCUAGACCAGGUCCCAUGUCAAGACGAUGCAUCCAGCAUGUUCCUUCAAUAUGUGGAAGAAAAUUGUCCACCGUCGGAUGAUUGGUCGGAGACCGGAUGGACUCUCACUCCGAGUCGAGCUGCAACUCUUGGAUUUGCACUAUUUUGGGUAUUUUUCGCACUGCUUGCCUGCGCCCCAGCUGGUGUACUUUACCACAUCCAUUGCCGAAAACUAAAGCAAAGUUUGAUUCAGGGGCAACUUCAGCAACCUUCCCAGGGACUGUUCAUCAUCUGCCCCCGACAUGCGAGAAGUUGGUGCCGAAAAGUUAUCAUCCCCUGCCUGGAGGCAGAUCUGUUCUCCAAUUCCAGACCACGAUUACGGAACGCUAAAUUCGAGUCCGCUGGACAGAACCGUACAAAACAACGGAACCAACAUGGAGCUGCACCCACAGAUAGUCCCCAUCAAAAAGCCGCGAAAUCCGGACUGCCAAAGCGUAAGAAUGUGGUCAGUCCGGCGGAAUCGGAAGGCGCAACUGUAUUGAACAAUGCAGAAACUUCGACUACACCAAAGCCGACAGGUCCGUGGGCUUGGCAACCAAAGUUUCACUGCCACUUGGCACCCCCAGCGCGGCACCGUUUGCAACAAAUGAUGGAAUCCAAGUAUGUGUUAAUCAUCUUUCCAAGUACUAGUCUUUUCACGGAACCUGCGUGUCGGGCUCAGUUGCGUUUGGCAUUUCAUUUGACUCGAUUACAUCGGAUACCUCCUCCGGCCAUUCUGUUAUGGCCCAUGUCAAAAUCGAAAAGCAAGAUAGCCGGGGACUAUCGAUCGGUGAACCGAAACACAAAUCUUCUUGAUCAAGACAAGUAUUAUCCGACGCCGGAAUUCAACACGGUAACUAACGAUCCGGAGGACGUUGCUGAAACAGCUACCAUCAAAGCUAAGGUGCCAACACGCGAAGAGGCUGUGCAACUCCUGCAGUAUUUUUCCACUACCACCAGCCCUUGCAUUGAAUGGAACAACUCCAAAACGGCCAGUGCCAACCUAAAACCACUUGUUUGGUUGACUAAUAAGCAAUCGAGGAUUGCAGCCUAUUGACUGAUCGUGUGUAGGUUGCAUAACACCCGAUGCUUCAUGUAUAUCUUUUCGAACUCCUCCGAGUUAUGCACGCAAGGUCUAUAUCACUUGCACCAGCAUAUUGCUUGCAGUGUAUAAAGUGUGUCUCUGUCUCAACGUGAUAAUUCAUCUGUCCCCAUUCCCUAGAAAUCGGAUUCAAUUAGUGACAAGGUCCGGAAUCCAUAGAUCUUGCGUUAAAAAGUUGCAGUUAAUGGGUAGGGAGUGGGAUGCUCCCCAAGUUGAAAUGACAGAUAAAGUAA